CGUCAUCUUAACAAAUUCUUGAUUAUUUUUAAAACUGAUAUUUCUUAAAACAAGUUUACGCAGUUUCCAUAAUUCAAAGAAAUAAGUUUACACAUUAAUAUACUCCUUUUAAGUUUUGUCGAUUAGGUAACAACUAGAGAAAGCAAUAAUGUCAAAUAUGGCGGAUUUGAAUUCGAAUGGAUCAAGAGUUGAAGGUACCUUGUCUAUGGAUAUGCCCCAUCCUUACGCUGAAAUAAUACGGGGACAAAUUUUUGAAGUGGGUCCGAGAUAUACAAAGCUGGCAUAUAUAGGAGAAGGAGCUUAUGGCAUGGUUGUGUCUGCCGAUGAUACGACAACUAGCCAAAGAGUUGCAAUAAAAAAAAUUUCGCCGUUUGAGCAUCAAACUUAUUGUCAAAGGACGCUUAGAGAAAUAACCAUAUUGACAAGAUUUAAACAUGAAAACAUUAUUGAUAUCCGAGACAUUCUUCGAGUUGAUAGCAUAGAUCAAAUGAGAGAUGUUUAUAUUGUACAGUGUUUGAUGGAGACUGAUUUGUAUAAACUACUGAAAACGCAGAGGCUGAGUAAUGAUCACAUCUGUUAUUUCUUGUACCAGAUAUUGCGAGGAGUGAAGUACAUACAUUCAGCAAACGUCUUGCAUCGGGACCUAAAACCAAGUAAUCUACUGCUAAACAAGACUUGUGAUUUAAAAAUAUGCGACUUUGGAUUAGCUCGAAUUGCAGAUCCCGAACACGACCAUACAGGAUUUUUAACAGAAUACGUUGCUACUCGGUGGUAUAGGGCACCUGAAAUUAUGUUGAACUCAAAGGGAUACACAAAAUCAAUUGAUAUCUGGUCCGUUGGGUGCAUUUUGGCUGAAAUGUUAAGUAAUCGACCAAUAUUCCCUGGAAAACAUUAUCUCGAUCAACUUAACCAUAUUCUUGGCGUAUUGGGGUCACCAUCACGUGAAGACUUAGAGUGUAUUAUAAAUGAAAAGGCACGGAACUAUUUGGAGUCAUUGCCAUAUAAGCCAAAUGUACCCUGGACCAAACUUUUUCCAAACGCUGAUGCGUUGGCUCUAGACCUUUUAGGAAAAAUGUUAUCCUUUAACCCGCACAAACGGAUUCCCGUCGAGGAAGCUCUGGCACAUCCCUAUUUGGAGCAGUAUUAUGAUCCUGGAGAUGAGCCUGUCGCUGAAGUGCCGUUUCGGAUAAAUAUGGAAAAUGAUGACAUUUCUCGAGAUGCCUUGAAGUCAAUGAUUUUCGAAGAAACUUUAAAAUUCAAAGGACGACAACCGGAAAAUGCGCUUUGAAAAUUUAAGUAUUGAGUUAAAAACAAUUGCUUCAUUAAUGUAUCGCUUAGGGCCUAUUUCUCAUGUUCAUUCAGAUUUUAAAGUAAAUAAAACGAUUUGGAAUUUAUACGUAAGAAAUCACAUUAUGUUCGAAAAAAUAUGUUCGAUAAUUACUGGUCAUAAUGUGAAAUUACCGGAAGCUUACAAUAAAUGCUGAUCUUCUUUAAGUGCUAUGAAUGUUUAUACCGGCUGAUCACUGACUACCGUGACAACAAAUACUUAAUUUUUACGUCAAAUUGAACAAAUACAACACAAGUGUGAAGGUGAGAAACUGGCUCUUUGUGUUUAAUAUAUAAAAUGUGAUUUACAUAUUUUACUUUCUUAUUAAUAUAAAUAGUUAAUAAUAACUAGGCUAAUAGAUGUAAACAAAAACAUUCUAUAAAGAUAUAAAAUAUUCAACCACUUUAAA